AUCUGCCCUAUUAUCUCUGUCUCUGAAGUGUGAAAUGACGUUUGAACACAGGAAGGGUUUGGUUUAGACAGACAGCACAGUUUAAACAGUUAAUUAAAGUGACAGUAUGGAGUCCAGUGUGCUGCCUCUUAUACUCUUGCUGAUGUCUAACAGCUAUUCUGCACAAAGACCAGAUAAACCUGUUCUGACUGUAAAUCCUGAAACAUCACCGAUAUUCAGAGGAGAGACUGUCACUCUCACAUGUGACCUACAGGGGACAGAAGAGACACACUGGACAUACAGAUUUCAGUGUGAUGGUGUUUAUGUUCAAGAAUCUAAUGAGAAAGAGUUCAAGAUUACUGCAAUGAACAGCAGAUACAGUAAAUGCUGGUGUUUCGCUAUCAGAACAUCUACACUAAUCUGGAGUCCCUGGAGUAAUGAAGUGUCAUUUACUGUCAUCGAGAGACCAAAACCUGAAGUGCGUGUAAAUCCAGAUCAUCAUGUGUUCAGAGGAGAGACAGUCACUCUCACAUGUGACAUACAGACACAAACACACACUGAGUGGAGAUACAGCUGGAUUAAAGAUGAUUCAGUCAAUCCAGUCAGCACUGAGAGAGUGUACAGAAUCACAUCUGACAAAUCUCACAGUGGUAAAUACAGCUGUAGAGGAGAGAAAAUCAGUGACUCACAGAGAUCAGACAUCAGUGAUGCUGUUACACUGACUGUAUCAGAUAAACCAACACCAGCUGUGAUUGUGUCGCCCCAGAGUUCAGUGUUCACUGGAGACACAGUUACUCUGAGCUGUACGUUCAUAAACUCAACUGGAUGGAUGAUUCACUGGAUUAAAGACUCAAACUCUGAAUCCAGUGAUGCUGCAGGAACUAAAACAAUCAGUUCAGUGAAAGUCUCUGAUGGAGGACAGUACAGAUGCAGAGCACAAAGAGGAAACUACUCCACACAGUUCAGUAACACAGUUCAAGUAACAGUUAAAGAGAGACCAAAACUUGAAGUGCGUGUAAAUCCAGAUCAUCAUGUGUUCAGAGGAGAGACAGUCACUCUCACAUGUGACAUACAGACACAAACACACACUGAGUGGAGAUACAGCUGGAUUAAAGAUGGGACCAUCAACAUUCUCAAUCAAUGCACAAAACAAGAGUGUGAAAUAAGCCAUGUUGAAUUCUCCCAUCAAGGUAAAUACAGCUGUUCUGGAAGAGAGACAAGAGGAUCACGCUACACACACGCCAGUGAUGAACUUACACUCACAGUAUCAGAUUUGCCCACAGCUAAACUCACUGUACAUCCAGAAACAUCUGUUUUCACUGGAGAGACAGUGAUCAUGAAGUGUGACAUUGAGUCUGAUUACAGUAACUGGAGAUAUGAGUGGUAUAAAGACAGAACUGUCGUGUCUGAGUCUGAGCGUUACACUGUAAACACAAACACUCUCACUAUCAGAGGAGCUACUGAGUCUGAUCAACAUCAGUUCUGCUGUCGAGGAAAGAGAGAUGGAAGACCAGCAACAUCACAGAACACAAGUGUUAUUCUUUCUGUUAAAGACUCAAAGCUCAAUCCUGAACUCACAUCAGAUACUGCAGGAGCUGCACUGACAGGAAACACGGUGACUCUGAUCUGUCACAUGACUCAGACCGCUGGAUGGGACUUUUACUGGUACAAACACACACAGAACUCUGAGAAAAACAAGACAGAAACAAACUCCUACAGAGUCCAUAUUGAUUCAGUGUCUGAUGGAGGUCAGUACUGGUGUAGAGCUGGAAGAGGAGAACCAGUUUACUACACAAACUACAGUGAUGCAUUGUGGGUCCGUGUCACAGUGUCAGCAGAUCAGAUUCGUGUCUUACACACUCUCAGUUCUCUUCUGGCAGUUUGUCCAUAUCUGAUGGCGACAGUCGUGCUGGUGUUCAAAUGCUACAGAGCGAGAGUUUCAUCUGUUGAAGAUCAAAGUCAGUUUGCAGUAACAGAGGAAGAAACUUCAAUCUGAAUCUCUUUAAAAACGUUCAGAAGACUUUUCUUACAUUCCUGUUCAUUAUUUCACCAUGUUUCAUUUGUUGUAGAAUUGAUUUCUCAUUCAUAUGAUUUUAAAACAUUGUAUUUUGUGUUUCUGCUUUUCUAUGAUUUCUAUUUGAAUCUAUUACUUGAAUAUUUCCUGUUUCAUGUUCAAAUAAUGAAUAAGAGCAGAAACACUUUAGUUUUAUUCUGAUCUAGUUUUAUUGUGUGGAUUUGUGUGUGAUCUGAUGUUUCCUACUUUAAAUAAGUGUGUCUUUGUGUUUGAAAUAUUCUGGACUUUAUGCUUUCUUACAGAUUUAAA